AUACCGUAUCGAUACUCUAUCAUUUGUUGCUAAAAUUAAUGAAACGCGAAAAUGCAGCUUUUGGCUCAUAAAUUGAAUUUUCUUUUUAGUCAUUUUUCCGAGUAUAUUUCCGUGGAAUUUUUCUACAUAAUUCUAGAGUUUUAUUUAUUAGAAAAAUUGAGUUUUUACCUUGAUUUUAAAUUAAAAAUUCUUUGGAGAAGUGCUUACGCAUGUUAUGUCGCAGUAGCAGUUUGCUUAGCAUGACACGAAGUCAGCUGGGAUUUUCCUCAGUCGCCAUAUUUGAAAGAGUGUGGAUAAAUCAUACAAGGUUAAAAAAAUAAAUGAGAAUUGAAAAGUGAUUAAGAAAAAUCUGCGCUAAUUUGAAAGACAAAAGCCAGAGGAUUGCAAAAAGUAAUUUACAAUUUUUUAGGAGAGAACACAUGAGCGAAAAUUUGUGAAGAAGAAAAACUUUUACAUACUAAAGAAAAAAGAGAAAAAAUGUGUAGAAUUUUUGGGUGAAAAUCACUGAAAAAACAAAAAAAAAAUUGCACAGUAAUCACAGAAAAAAAGGUAUUAAAAGUGAUUUUAUCUCCCUUUAAAAAGAAUUAUUAAAAAUAAAGAAAGUAGGACUUAGGAUAAACUCUUUAGUAAAAAAAAAGAAAAAAAAAACGGUGCAAGAGAAAGGACGCUAGAGAAAAUUGUGUCUCCCAUAAAAUAAGUUUUACAGAAAAUAUUUUAUAAGAGACAAGUGCUUAAAAGAGACUUGAUUAAAAGAAAAAAAAAGAAAUAAAUCUUAAAAGAUUACCAAAGACAAAGUGAAAAAAAAAAUUACGAGUUUAAGAGACAAUUUGCAAGUUUUCAUUAUUUCUCUCAAAACAAAGAAAAAGAAAAAAAGUUAAAAGUGAAAAAAGUGAAUGAGAUUUUGUGAAGGUUUAAAAAACAAUUUAGAAUUUAUUUUUAAGUAUACAGAAAACCAACCCAGAAGACACUAAAAAAUUGCAAAAAAAAAGUGUAAAGAAAGCUGAAAGAAGUAUUGUGAUUUUUUAAAAGAAAGAAAAAACAAAAAAGGAAAUUAAGGAAGAAGCAGUAAUCAGGAGGUAUCCUGAAUUGUUUUUUUGGAGAGAAAAAAUGAUGACUGAAAACUUGAGUAUGGCCAACAAUCAUCUCAACAAUCAUGGCUCUCAAAAGAGGUACGCUUACGGCAGUGAAAAAGCAACUGACGACUUGGGGUGGAAAUCAAAGUUGAAAAUUCCUCCAAAAGAUAAUCGAAUUAAAACGAGUGAUGUCACAGACACACGAGGGAAUGAAUUUGAGGAAUUUUGCCUUAAGCGUGAGCUGCUGAUGGGGAUCUUUGAGAAGGGAUGGGAAAAGCCAUCGCCAAUUCAGGAGGCUGCCAUUCCUAUUGCUCUCGGCGGCAAAGAUAUCUUGGCACGUGCCAAGAAUGGAACAGGAAAGACUGGAGCAUACUCCAUUCCUGUUCUCGAGCAAGUUGACACCAGUAAGGAGUGCAUCCAAGCACUGAUAAUUGUGCCAACGCGCGAAUUGGCCCUCCAGACCUCGCAGAUCUGCAUUGAGUUGGCCAAACACAUGGACAUCCGCGUUAUGGUCACGACCGGCGGCACCAAUCUCAAAGAUGAUAUUAUGCGAAUUUACCAGAAAGUACAAGUGAUUAUUGCAACGCCUGGUCGUAUAUUGGAUUUGAUGGACAAAGAAGUGGCAAAUAUGUCAAAUUGCAAGAUGUUAGUAUUAGAUGAAGCUGAUAAGCUUCUAUCGCAAGAUUUUAAGGGCAUGCUGGAUCAUGUCAUAAUGAAAUUGCCGAAGGAACGUCAGAUAUUGCUAUUUUCUGCAACAUUCCCAGUCAGUGUGAUGAAUUUCAUGGAGAGACAUUUGCGUGAGCCAUAUGAGAUCAAUUUGAUGGAAGAAUUGACACUGAAGGGUGUUACGCAGUACUAUGCAUUUGUGCAGGAACGCCAGAAAGUUCACUGUCUCAAUACACUCUUCUCCAAAUUGCAAAUAAAUCAAUCCAUCAUCUUCUGCAAUUCCACUCAACGUGUGGAAUUGCUGGCGAAGAAAAUCACAGAAUUGGGCUACUGUUGCUACUACAUCCAUGCUAAAAUGGCUCAAGCGCACCGCAAUCGGGUGUUUCAUGACUUCAGGCAGGGUUUGUGCAGAAAUUUGGUGUGCUCUGACCUCUUUACACGUGGUAUCGAUGUACAGGCUGUGAACGUUGUUAUCAAUUUUGAUUUUCCCAAAAUGGCCGAAACCUAUCUCCACAGAAUUGGACGAUCUGGACGCUUUGGACAUUUAGGCAUUGCAAUCAAUCUUAUCACGUACGAUGAUCGCUACGAUCUGCAUCGCAUUGAGAAGGAACUGGGAACGGAGAUAAAGCCGAUUCCCAAGGUGAUUGAUCCAUCUCUGUAUGUGGCUACAUCGCUCAAUGAUGCAAAUAUGAGCCUAAACAACGACGAGAGCAAUGUGAGCAAGUGAAAACAGUGAUUAAGUUAACUCCCCAAAAAAAAUAUCAGACGAGAGAAUCAAUAUCUCUCUAAGUUUCUAUCUCAUUCGAGUGGCAAAUUAUCUGGGUGAAUUUGCGUGAUAGUCGCUUUAAAUUUUAAAAAGUUUUUUUUGUUUUUUUUUUUUUUGAGGGAGGGGAGAGAAAUUCGUUUUUUUUUUUCAAAGACCCAGAAGAAAACAUCAACAACAACUCAAGGAAUUUCUUUUACAAUUGCUGGUAAUUUUUUUUUAAAUUUGUUGUUGAAAUUUGAGAAGAUUAUUAUUUUUUGCAUCAGAUUUUUUUUGGAAAAGAUAAAAGAGCAAAUUAUUGAAAGAACAGGGAUCGAGGAUAAUAAAAAGAAAGUCGUGAAAUUGAUUGCAUUGGAGGAAAAUCAAAAGAUAUUUUUUUUUCAAAAAAAAAACCGGUUAAUUUAUCACAUUUUUUUGUAUUGAUUACAUUUUUUUGUGUCAAGCGAUUUUUUUUAUAAAGAAAAACAAGGGAAAAUUUUGAAGUAACGUGAAGAACUUUUUUUGCAAAGGGAAAUAAUAGUGAAUUUAUUAGGAAAAAAAAACAGUGAAGGGGGAAGGGGAGAAAUUUUGAAAAAAAGAGGGAUCACAGGGGAACGAAAGAAAAAUGAGAAUUUGAAUGGAAUAAUUUGUGAAGUAGAGGAAAAUUUUGUGUGAAAGGUAUUUAGCAGAAAUCAAGCAAAAAGGAAAGAUUGAAACCGAACGCAAAAGCAUGUUAAUGCGUGACAAAAAAUUGUAUUUAAAAAAAGAGAGUCAUGUAAAAAUAUUUUUUUCUUUUUUGAGAAAAUUUGUAAUAUUUCACUGAUUUUUCCUCCAGUUUUUUUUUAUUGGAACAUGAAAAAAAAAUAUAAAAUAUUUGCAGAGAAAACAUUAAAUGUGAAAUAGAGCUGAAAACAUGA